AAACAUCUCAGUGUGAGUACAGCUGCUGCCAGAGCUGGACCAGUGGCAGAAAACUUUGGAUUCUUAUCUCUGUCUUUUUGUGCCAGAAUGGCUCUCCUCCAGAGUGUCCUCUGUCAGGUCCUCAGCUGGAAAGGUAUCUGUCUGGUCCUGAAUGUGGUCGCUACAGGACUGGUUGCUGUGGCUGCUGUUUGGACUUUAAAGCUGCUGGUGCGCCACGCCUGGUACACCCACAAGUUGUCCUGCUUCAACAAGCCACCAACACAUUCGUGGUUGGUCGGACACCUGGGCCAGAUGCAGAGCACUGAAGAAGGUCUCCUGCAGGUGGACGACUUGGUGCAAAAGUACAAACACUCCUGCUGCUGGUUCCUCGGUCCGUUCUAUCACCUGGUCAGACUCUUCCAUCCUGAAUACGUCAGACCACUGCUAAUGGCCCCUGCCAGUAUCACAGUGAAAGAUGAGCUUAUCUAUGAUCACCUGCGUCCAUGGCUGGGACAAAGUCUGCUGAUAAGCAACGGAGAGGAGUGGUCUCGCAGGAGGCGACUGCUGACUCCUGCUUUUCAUUUUGAUAUUCUAAAGAACUACGUCGCCAAGUUUAACUCCUCAGCCAACACCAUGCACGAUAAAUGGUGCCGCCUAGUGGCAGAAGGCCAGACAACUUUAGAGAUGUUUGACCACAUCACCCUGAUGACACUGGACAGUUUGUUGAAAUGUGCCUUCAGCUACAACAGCAACUGUCAGGAGUCUACCAGUGAGUACGUGUCAGCCAUCGUGAAGCUCAGUGACCUGAUAAUAGACCGCCGGCAAAACAUUCUACACCACUGGGACUGGUUUUACUGGAAAACAGAGCAGGGAAAACAAUUCAAACAAGCGCUGAGCAUUGUGCACAGGUUCACCAGGGAGGUGGUUCAGAAGCGCCGUGCUCUUAUUAACCAACAAAGGGAGACAGAAGCACAGUCUAAUCGCACCAAAACACCACAGAGGAAGAAAGAUUUUGUAGACAUCAUACUGCUGUCAGAGGAUGAAGAUGGACAAGGCCUGUCAGAUGAGGAGAUACAGGCUGAGGCCAACACCUUUAUGUUUGCCGGUCACGACACAACAGCCAGUGCGAUCUGCUGGACGCUGUAUAAUUUAGCACGCCACUCGCACUACCAGGAGAAAUGCAGGCAAGAAGUGAUGGAUGUGACGCAGGAACAAGAUGGACAUGAAAUAGAGUGGGAGGAUUUAUCAAACCUUCCCUUCACCACCAUGUGCAUCCGAGAGAGCCUGAGACUCCACUCUCCUGUGCAGGCUGUGACGAGGAGGUACACCCAGGACAUGGCACUGCCAGAGGGCCGCACAGUCCCACAGGGUGCAAUCUGUCUGGUCAGCAUUUAUGGAACACACCACAACCCUGCUGUCUGGACUGACCCACAUGAGUUUAAUCCUCUGCGUUUUGACCCGACCAACGCACAGAGCCGAGCUUCUCACGCCUUCAUCCCCUUCUCCUCAGGCCCCAGGAACUGCAUUGGCCAGAAGUUUGCCCUGGCUGAGCUGCGGGUUGUCGUAGCGCUGACCCUGCUCAGGUUUCGUCUGACCCCGGGGACGAACCCUGAACUUGGCAGCAGCUCUGGGGGAGUUCGUCGUCUCCCCCAACUGGUCCUGCGAGCAGAGGGAGGCCUGUGGCUGCAGCUGGAGCCUCUGAACCCUCCCAAUGUCAAGGAACCAUUGGACGAAUGAUCCUACGAGAUGACAUGAACACAGAAGCUCUGGCUGCAAAUAACGAUCCUUUUCAUUGUCAACCAAUGUGUUGAUUUCUUUUUGAGAUUAGUUAGUCAGCUGUUUGGUCUGUAAAAGGUGAAGUUUGGUGAUCAGGAGGACAAAUGUCUUGAUUUGUACAAAGAUAUUCAAUUUAAUGUCAUAGAGGGGCAAAAGAAUCCAGAAAAUAUUCACGUUGAAGAAGAUCCUUUGAGAGAAUUUUCUUUAAAACCAAUUAAUUGAUUUUCAAAAUAGCCAUUAAAUUAAUUCAAUGAUUUUCCACUAAUUGAUCUUUGAAGUGAUUAUCGUUUGUAUCAUGUACUUUGUUUAACUUCUUGCUCAUUAUUAAUCAUAAUGUAAAACUAUAAACAUACGGUACCGUCAAAGAAUGCACACUACUGUGAGUUGUUGCAACAUUCUGUCUUUUUAAAUAAAUUCUGAGUUUAAAAACAA